AUGUCUUCAAGCGCAAAUCCAAGGGAGAAUCCGACCACCACGGCCCUCGAGCUUAACAGUCAUGCCAAUACCGGUUUCAUCAUUGGUCCGACGCGGGCAGGUGAAGAAGGCAACAACAUCGAACCAGCACAUUCGGCCGCCGCGGAUGAGCCCGAGCAAGCUGUCCCGCGUGAAUACCUGGAAGGCUGGAGACUGUACAUACUGGCUUUUGCCACUUCCCUGAUCUCCAUAACCAAUGCUUUAGGGGGCUUCGAGCAGCGGGAUUGGGUGGUAACCGCAUACCUCAUCACAUACACAGGCUUCAUGAUCAUUUAUGCCAAAUCCAGUGACAUCCUUGGACGCAAGUUGAUGGUGCUCAUUGCUCUGGGGUUCUUCACCAUCUUUUCGAUUGUUUGCGGCUCUAUUUCAAACAUGAUUCAGCUCAUCGUCUUCAGGUCCCUACAAGGCAUAGGGGCUUCCGGAAUCUAUGCGAUGGUGACCAUCAGCCAGACAGAGAUGGUUCCGCCAGAGAGAUGGGGGAACUUCGCUUUUGCCUUCGCCAUUGUUUUCGUCCUCAGUUCUGUCCUUGGCCCUAUACUUGGCGGCGUGAUCAACGAUCACUCGUCCUGGCGUUGGGUAUUCCUCUUGAAUGCUCCUGCUGGUGUCAUAGCAACUGGUCUAAUUGCGUUCUUCAUGCCGGUUCAUUUUCCCAUCGUCAACGCAUCGGCAGCCGCAACAAGUUUGCGCGCGAAGCUGACCCGAUCGUCCCUUUCUCGCCUUGACGUUGUCGGUGCUGUACUCUUACUGUUCGCUUCUGUGCUACUCGUAUUCGCAUUAGAAGAGGCUGGCUCUAAGCAGUCAUGGGACAGUCCGGCAAUCCUGAGCAGCCUCGUCGUCGGGGUUUGCCUCUUCAUGGCGUUCGUCGUGUGGGAGAAGCUCGUCGGUCGCAAUGGCUCGGCUCGAGAACCCAUAUUUUCCCUUCGGUUGAUGAAGGAUCGUCUUUUCAGCGGCCUUGUACUUGUUGCAUUUUUCACCGGGUUUCCCUUCAUGACUGUUUUGAUCAACUUGCCGCAGCGAUUUCAGGCAGUAGACGGGGCAUCCCCUUUUCAAGCCGGCAUUCAUCUUCUUCCCCUGCUACUUGCCUCUCCUGUCGUCACCGCAAUCUGUGGACAGCUCGCGGGGAAAUUCAAGGUCCCGCCGUUUUAUCUUCUUUUGUUUGGAACAACAAUGCAAAUACUCGGUAUAGGGCUUGCCAGCUCGGUGUCUUUCAAGAGUGGCAAUGCUAUGUACGGCUACGAAGUCAUCAUGGGCUUCGGAUUUGGGAUGGGGCUUGUCACGUUGUUAGUCUUUACGCCUAUGGUUGUGACUCGCAGCGAUAUGGCUGUUGCAAUGGGCGCCGUAACUCAAGUCCGAGUGCUUGGUGGGACUUUAGGUCUGGCGAUCAGCUCUACAGUCUUGAACAACCACCUCUCGUCCAAUCUGCCUCUUCUCCUUCCGCCAGAAGACAUCAAGCAGAUAUCGGACUCGGUGCAGUUCAUCAACACACUUCCAGAAACCACUCGGGAUGCGGUUCGUCGGGUGUUUGCCGAUGGGUAUAACGCACAAUUGCGAGUCAUGACAUACUUCAGCGCUGCUGUAUGGAUAUGCGCAUUACUGCUCUGGGAAAACAGGCCAAGGAGUGCUGCGACUAUCUAG